ACUUCAUCCUAUUAAUCUUGCAGCAAUCUGUCUAUCUCUUCAGUCUUCCCCCUCUCACACAAUUACAAACAAGCAGAAAAACACACUUGAAAAUGGGAUAUCUAAUCGGUGUUGCCAUGGUGAUUUUUACUGUUUUGAUCAUCUCAAUGAUUUGGAAAAACUUUAUGGUUCUGUUUUGGAGGCCUUAUGCCUUGACUAGGCACUUCCAAAAGCAAGGAGUCAGGGGGCCACCUUACUCUCUUCUUUUUGGCUCUCUCCAUGAAAUCAGAACAAUGAUGAAGGAUGCAAGGGAAAAGGUCAUGGAUAAUCACUCACAUGAUAUCACUCAAAUGGUUCUUCCUCACUACCAAAAAUGGUCCUCCAUAUAUGGGGAGACAUUUAUGUAUUGGUAUGGAACACAACCAAGGAUUUGCAUCCCUGAUCCUGACCUGGCCAAGGAGAUCUUAUCAAACAAGUUUGGUUUCUACUCAAAACUCAAUACAAGGCCCUUAAUAAAAACCAUGAUUGGAAACGGGUUAGCUUUGGUCAAGGGAUUGGACUGGGUUAGGCACAGAAGAAUACUCAAUCCAGCAUUCUCCAUGGACAAACUGAAGGUUAUGAUCAGUAGGAUGGCUGAAUGUACCAUUUCCAUGCUUGAUGAGUGGCAAAGUCAAGCCCUUGAAGCCAAGGACCAAAUCAAGACAAUAGAGGUAAAUCAAGAAUUUCGAGAGCUAACUGCAAAUAUAAUAGCCCACACUGCCUUUGGUGCAAGCUUUGCCCAAGGAAGGGAAGCCUUUGAUGCACAAAGAGAACUUCAAAAGUACUGCAUAUCAUCAAGUCUUGACGUUUCCAUUCCUGGCAGCCAAUAUCUUCCAACUCAGUCAAAUUUACAGAUAUGGAAGCUUGACGGGAAAGUGAAGAAAUCACUUGACCGCAUUAUAGAAAGUAGAUUGCACCUUCAAUCAAGUAAUGGCAAGUCACAUUUCUCUUAUGGAGAUGAUCUACUUGGUGUGAUGAUGGAUACAGAAAAAUCAAAUGCUGGUCCUAAGAUGAAUAUGAACGAGAUCAUGGAAGAAUGCAAGACCUUUUUCUUCACUGGUCAUGAAACCACUUCAAACUGGCUCACUUGGGCUGUCUUCUUGUUAAGUUUGCACAAAGAUUGGCAAGAAAAACUCAGACAAGAGGUCCUGCAGAAUUGUGGCAUGGAAAUUCCUGAUGCAAACAUGCUAUCAAAGUUAAAAAUGGUGAACAUGGUAUUGCUGGAAGCGUUAAGGUUGUAUUGCCCUGUGAUGGCACUAUACAGAGUGGCUUCAAAAGACAUGAAAUUGGGGAACUUAUUGAUCCCAAAAGAAACAUGUCUUGUAAUGCCAAUUGCAAUGAUUCACAGGAGCAAAGAGUACUGGGGUGAAGAUGCAAACGAGUUCAAUCCACUGAGAUUCAUAAAUGGAGUUGCUAAGGCUGCAAAGCACCCAAAUGCUCUGCUUGCCUUUUCUGUGGGUCCAAGAAAUUGCAUUGGUCAGAAUUUUGCUAUGCUUGAAGCAAAGACAGUAAUGGCUUUAAUUCUUCAACGAUUUUCUUGGUCUCUUUCCCCUGAUUAUGAACAUGCACCUGUGAACAACCUCACUAUGCAACCACAACAUGGUCUUCCUAUCAUUCUAAAACCUUUGCAAAUGUAAUUCUUAGCUUCCUUUCUGCUUCAUGUUCAUUUCACUCCUACUUUUUUUUGGUACAUUUCACAACUAUUUGUCUCUAAAUUCUAGAUUGGCUACAAAAAAUUGGGAUAAAUAUUGAGAGUGGAGCUAUUUUAUGCUA